UCCCAGCUGAGGGGCUACUGGUGCUGCUAUAAGAGGCUCCCAGAGAUGCAGAGCCGCAUACUGGACAGUCCCAUGUGUCAACAGAACGAUAGGAGGGGGGAGUUUUCUAUACUUUUUUUCUACUCGGCCUGCAUGCAGUUUUGCAACAACCGGAUUACAAACGAAACACAACCCAACCAAAAAUGGCUUUCACCAUGUUGAGGCCGGUGUCGACGCACGCCUUCUCUUACCACGCUGAUGUAAACGUGUUGUCGGACGAUGAGGACGAGGACCGCAGCGAGAGCGACGGCAGCAGCUCGGACCGGAGCUACGGCUGCUGCUCGGAGGAGACGGAGGCGCACCGCCGCGUGGCGCGCGCUCUGGGCGGUGGCGUGGUGGUGAAGCAGCGCAACGCGGCCAAUGCGCGGGAGCGCGACCGUACCCAGAAUGUCAACGGAGCGUUUACCGCGUUGCGGACUCUCAUCCCCACCGAGCCGGUGGACAGAAAGCUCUCCAAGAUCGAGACUCUGCGCUUGGCGUCUAGUUACAUCUCGCACCUGGCCAACGUGCUGCUGCUGGGGGACGGUGAGCCGUGUCUGAGCCAGGGAGGUGACGGUGGACGCAAACACCCCAGAGCCAUCUGCACCUUCUGUCUGAGCAACCAGCGGAAAAUGGUCAAAGACAGAAGAGACUGUGUGAAGAUGCACAGAGGCAACACACUACGACUGAGUCGGCGGUGAAGCCUGUUUUGGAAAACCCUUCUCCAGACCCUCCACCGUCACCCUGUCCUCUCGGACCACAGACCAUCCAUCCUGAUGGAAGGCGCUUCGAUCGUUGGCCUGAAAUUAACACAACCGAAAAACUGGGAUGAUUUUGGCAAUCAAAGAAUAUCUUUGCCGAGCCAAACAGACAGUGGGGGAAACCACAGAUUUUAAGGGACAUGAAAACCAAAACAUAGACUAUUCCCACAUAGAUUCUGUUGUGUUUUCUUCAACAGUGAUCGGUGUGAUCUAUUUCAAAAACAGAACUGCUGGUUGUUGCUUUAUUUUUUCAUUUAUUUUUAUUUUUCCUUUCAAAUAAAUAUAUUUUGAAUAUAAAA